AUGGUUUCUUCUUGUGAUCUAGUUGAUAUAAGAUCAAAGGGUGACAGGUUCUCUUGGGUUGGUGAACGACACACUCACACUGUGAAAUGUUGCUUAGAUAGAGCAUUUAUUAAUAUAGAGGCUGCGGCUAACUUUCCAUUUGCAGAGCUUGAAUUUCUUGAGUUUGCUGGUUCUGAUCAUAAACCUCUGCUACUCUCUAUGGAGAAUACAGCCACCACAAGAACAAAAUCGUUUUUCUUUGAUAAAAGGCUGGUUGACAUUCCACAUUUUAAAAGGUGCGUUAAAGAAGGCUGGGAAAAUGGCAAAUUAACUCAAGGCUAUCAGAUUAUGGACCAAGUUAGGAUCUGCCGUCAUCAUUUGGCACGAUUGAAACACAGAUCCAAUCUUAAUGCGGAUUCUCGAAUAAAAGAUCUACAAGCGCAGUUAAACACAGUGAUGUCAAGCAUCUCAAGAACGGAGAGACUAGCAAUUCCACAAAUUCAAAGGGACCUUGCCAAAGCGUACAAUGAUGAGGAAAAAUACUGGCACCAAAAAAGUCGCAACAACUGGAUGAUAGGAGGUGAUAGGAAUACUGGGUUUUCCACGCGUGUACAAAGAUUAGGUACGCAAAAAACAGAAUCAACACAAUUAAGGACGAUCAAGGAAAUGUUUGCAACGGUGACAAAGAUAUUGGGCUACAUGCUCAACAUUUCUACUCUGAAAUUUAUGCUAGCAAUGGACGGUCUGUUUCUCCUAUAG